UUUCAGCAAUCCUCCAUUUUUUUUUUUUAAAAAACUACUUUUCAUAUUAUUAAAGGUAGCCUACAUUUUACCCAUAGUACUGUAUUAGAAAGGAUAUCUGAAUGUAUAUCGCGGAAAACACAGACAAGACUGAAAAAGCAGUUUCUGCUCUUGCACUCCUCUUUAAAAGAAACUGCUGUAUUAGAAGCCAAAACAACUGUUGUGUUUGAUAGAACAACAUGUCUAUAUGCUGCCAUAGCAGAUUCAUGGCGCAUGAAGCCCCCAAACUAUUUUUAAUUUGUCAGUUUUACCUUGAAAACCCCCGUUUACAGACUUCGCGCAACCGCUUUUGUUUCAACCCAGCCGUAAAAUGAAGGUAAUUAAUUAUAUUUAUUAUUCAAAAUGUCCGUCCUUUUUAGCUUAGAAUCAUUAUUUGAUGUCUCAUAUUUCGUUUAAAAGAAAAAAACGACUUUGAAAAAUUAAUCACUCGCAUAUUUUUAACUUUUAAACAAAUUAUGUCACAUGGAAAAAAAUGACGUCUGUAAAAAAGUCACGGAUAUCUACCUCAUAACUAUCGUUAAUUGUAUUUUUUUUUUGUUACGGUCGCAUUUUUUCCGAUAUUUUAGAUGAUAAAUAAUCGACCCAAACAAAAAAAAUUUGAAAAAAAAAGUUUAAAAGGGUAAAUAUAUGAAAAAGAAACUCUCGACCACUCCUCGAUGUCUGCGAUUUCUGCAUCGCGACCCCUGUUAAAUUACCAUGUUUCACCCAUAAAAUCCCCCAAAAAUCCAGCUGUGGCCAUUCACAGCGGUGUCUUGACACUCAGUGAUACAUGCUACGUGGAGUUUUUGGAUCAAAACAAGGUAAGCACUCGAUAAUAUCUCGUUAAAGUUAUGGCGUCUGUAAUUCUGCUCUCGCGUGCUCUCGCCUCCAGAUGGGGUUUUGCUGUUUAAAAAACAUUAAAAAAAAAAAAAAAAAAAAAAAGCCCUCCUGUUCAAAAUUUUUAUUCCCCCAGAAAAUUGAGAUUUUAAGCUUUCCAAUGAUGUAUCACACAUGCAUAUCGGACAAUUUUGAAAGUUGGCUAAAUUGGGGGUCUCAGAGCGGAACUUCAAGUCACCUGAGUGUUUUCCGCCAUAUAUAAUUUUUUAAAAAAUUUGCUUUGAGAUUUGACGAUUACUUCAUAUUCUUAGCAAAAACAAGGGUAUGCUUUAAACUAGGAAAGAGAAUAUAGACAAGAAAAACACAGGAGUGGACCUAAUAUUUUAUCGUAAAUAUAUUACAUAAAAACAUAGCAACAGUAAAGUACAAAACAAUAAAGAAAGAAAAUAAUCACCAACUGUAGAAUUACCCAAAAGUUAAGGAUUUGCUGAUAGUAAUAUUUAAUGAAAACCUUUAAUGAUAUCGACUCAACUGUGUUAAUGCAUAGAGGGCAGAGAAAUCGACAUCCUUUAAAAACAGCCAUUCAUUUUUUUGUAAGAGAACAGCAGAUUAACAGUAAUUUCAUUCUAAAGACAAAAAUCUUUCAAUUUUUGUGAGUAGUUCAUUACUCAUAAACAAAAAUGGCAGUAAAAUGCAGAUGAAAACCAAAAGUUAAAACUUUUAUUUUUUACAUGUAAAAGAUCAACUUCUGUUAUCAGUUCAGCAUUGUUUAAAAGAAAACUACCAAGCAGUAGGCUAUCAAGUCCUUCAACUCCAGCCAGGUCCAGGAUCAUACUCCUUUCUUCUUUGGUGCGACUCCUGCAUACUUAAAUACAGCUGUGUUUGACACUCCAGCCACGACGCCAUCUUGUGGUAUCUUAGUGAUAAGGAACUAUGUUGAAGUGAAUCAAUAGACAAGUUUCCGAGGUACUUCCGCUUUACUUCCUUAUGUCUGCAAGCAACUUCCGGUUUCAAAUUUUUUACUAUUGACUUCAAUGGCGCUGGAGUGGCAUCACUAACUAAAAACCCUGAAAAAAAGAGAUUGGGAAAUACCGCAUCCUUCUGCCAUCUCGACAUGGGGAAGACAACAUUAAGAAAUGGCCGAGGGUGACCACAAGUAAAAUAUUAUUGUAUUUUAUUGACUAUGGCAGUGGAUGUAAACGCCAUCAGGAACCUGAAAAGCUCCGAGGCAUUCCAGUACCUGCAGUGUGUGCGGUGCUCAAAAAACACUAAAGCUUAAAAUCUUGAAUGAAUGAAACGACUUAUUGCCUUUGAUAUUGUUAUUACGAUGAUGAUUGUAAUUAUAAUGAUCUUUAACCCAUAAGAACCAACGCAACACUUACUGUACGUUGAUGGACAUACUGUAUAUCGAGACUACGUCGUUCUACCCGGGGGCGGCCGGAAGGCUGUGGCUGGAGGCGGCUCGCCUCGUGGCGGACCGUCAACUAGAUCCCGAGAUCCAACAACGAGCGUUUUAACUGCAGCAACUAAGCCUGAACGAUAUAUCGUUUAAACAUCGCCAUCGCGAUGUGUGCGUGCGCGAUAGUCCCAUUGUGAGGACGUGCGAUAGUUUUUAUUUAUUUUAAUCCACAUACGCCCUGCUUUCUGCUCUGUGCAGAGCCUCACACCCUCCCUAUCCCAGCUCUUUGAACCUCACAGUCACUGCAGCACUUGCUUAUUAAAGUUAACGAUACUGGUAUCUUUGAUCUUGCCAAAGAAGCGGACAUCACAGCACAGCAGCUGUCAAUCAUCGUUUAACUGGUUAAACAGUUUCUGCAAGGAAGCUGCUUUGGAAUGAAUGUGUGUGCGUGUGGAGACGUUUGAGACAUAAAUUAAAUGCCAGAAGUGAUCAUGAGGAGUUUGUAAUUUCUACAUGUCCACCAAGAGUCACAGCUAAGGUAGAUAAACGGAAGUAUUUAAUAAUGCCAAGCAUUUUUCUACUACAGUACUUUAUUCUUGUUCAAAAAUGAUUUGGUUGGACAGUUAUGUUUAAAACUGAUCAUAAUUAUUACAUUUGAAGUGCUUAAAACCAUUUAUUAAUAUGUAUAUACAUUUUUUAAAAUCAUACUUUGGGGAAAAAAGUGAGAAAAAAACAUGCCUGAUAUGUAUCUCUUUCCAAUGCUAAAUCUGAAUAAAUACAUUGAGCACACACACAAAAAAAUAAAAAUUUGGGGUGGCGGGGUGCGCAACUUCGCAGUUUUUCACUUAUCGCGGUGGGUUUUGGUCCCCAUUAACCGCGAAAAAUGAGGGAUCACUGUACACUGGUCAUUGUGAGUCAUCCAAGUCUUUCCAAACAGUCAAUCAAAUCAUCUACACAACAUCAACUAUCACAAGUCAUCUAGUGAAAAUUUCUUUAAAAAAAAAAAAAAAUAAAUAAAAAAAAUUUUAAUAUCCAAAUAUAAUAUCGCAAACUCCCCCAAAAUCGCAGCAAUAGUUUUUUCCAAUAUCGUUCAGGCCUAGCAGCAACUUUAAGAUACGCUAUUGAAGCUGGAAUUACAGAGAACAGCGGGAGAAAGCCUGUCUGGAGGCCUUAAUGUCGGGUGAAAGUUUGCCAGGCUCCGGAGCUCUGCUGUCUGAUAUCAAAUUCUCAAAUAAUAUUUUUUCGAAUAAUUUUAUAAAUUGUGAUUUAUUGACCUGUUUUGCACAUGCAUCAAUCGUUUUAAAUAAAACAAGAAAUGAAAUCAUGUUGUUAAAAUGUUUUAUUGCGAUCAAUAUCUGCAGUAAUGAAAGACUGACAUACUUUUUUUGUUUAUUUGUACGUACCUUGUAGUAUUUCCUUGUAACAACAAAAUCUGUGGCAGCCCUUCUGCAUUCAGCAAAUGUAAUAUGUAGUUUCACCUCAUUUUGGUCACACAAGUGGCCGGUGUAUCAAUCUAUACCUCACGCAACACAGGUUGACAGGUUGUUAUAAUUUUGUCCACGAAUGAUCAACGAAGUGAUAAGAACAAUCAUACAAUUUCAUCUACGUCGUGCUGAAUCCAUUUUUGGAGAUUCCGUGGGUUCCUCUGGCUUGAUUUAGCAGUUUUAACAUUGUCAACACACUGCUUACUUCAACCGCAAUUCAUGUUGUUCUUUCUCAACCGGAAGUUCGGAGCAGACAUUGUCCAAGAUGGUGCCGCCCAUAUUUCGUUCAGGAAACUUGUCUUUAAACUUCAUCAAUCAAUGUGCCAAACAAGAAGACUAAAAAAAAUUGUAUGUUUUAUUGGGGGGAAAAAUUGCAGUUGAUUAAUUUUGCUGGCAUCAAUAAAAUGUCUUUACAAAUUAAAAUAACUGAUGUAUUCACAUUCAUUGGUUGUAAUUCUUCAAUGGGAGUCAUUCAUAAUACCCUCCUUGACUUUACGGCCCUGUAUUUAUAGCAGAGCAUCUUAGUGCCUGUCCUUAUUAUCGCAGAGAUCAGAGUGUACAUGCCUUUUCAGGUUGGAUUAAGCCGCUCUAGGAGGAUCACCAUGGAGCGAAACGUUUUCUUCCUCGUGUACAAAAGAGCCUCAAUACUACAGAAGCAAAAAGACUAGAAUAAUUAAUUUUAAAUUUGGACAUUUUAUAGAGUGGGAAUUAAUUUGUGAUAAAGAGAAGAACAGAAAAUAGUUGAGAUGUAGUAUUGAUUAAGACUGGCAGUCUAAAGAGUGCAUCGAGUUAUGGGUCUACAACAAGUGUGAGAUACAGCAUGGGAGCAGUGUUAAGCUGGUUUUCUACUCACUUUUACAUUCUGGUGCUGGAUACAGCCUGCACUUUGAUACACAGGAAACCUAAAGAAUCCCUUGAAGAACCACCUCAACUUUUUAAAGGAUGUGGACUAGAAGAUUGUAGUUUAGGCGAUAACUUCUUCAAGCUGAGACAUAAAACGACAGAAGGAGUUUGCCCUCAUGAAUACAGUACCCACUCAAGGGAGACCCACACAAUUUCAGAUUCAGGUCUUCAUCCUGAGGUGGAGGAUUCUCUCAAUGCCCUGGUGGUACUUGAGGACAUUCAGGUUCAGCCUGCGACUUCUGGCAGUUUCUACGUUGGUCAAAGUAAAGCCAGACGAAUAAAAUCACUAUCACUUCAACAUAACCAGAGAAAGGUGUUUUCCACCUGUGUUGAAAAGCACAGGACUAGGAAAAAAUACACAGAAACACCUACUAUUCCUUUGGAAUCCAGCACCAGAGACAUGCGGUACGCAGAUAGCCAAGCCUACCCAAUUGCAGAGAACCCAAUAUUAGAACAAGAACAACAACAAUCAAUUACCAAUCAAGUUUACUUUGGACAAUGUGGAAUAACGGAGGCAUAUUGUUUACAUGUACAAAGAGCAAACAGGCCGGGCACUUUGAAUUCAAAGAUUAGAACAAGAGUCAGUACCAGACCCAAUAAGGCAUUUGGACGGUUAUCUCUCAAGGAUCAUUGUUUCUCACAAAGCACCCCAGUUGGUCUGGACUGUAUGGGAUGGAGAAGAUGCAUUUCAAACUUCCCUGCUCUGCCUGAUGGGACCUCCCACAAAUACAGGUCUGGAGAAGAGCUUGGCAGUGAAGAAGACUUGUUGUAUGAAGAGUUCUGCAGUUCUGUACACUGUUUUGGACAUCCAGGAGGAGGUGGAGGAGAGCAGUUAGCUGUCAAUGAGCUUAUCAGCGAUGGCAGUGUGGUGUAUGCAGAAGCCCUUUGGGAUCACGUCACCAUGGAUGACCAGGAGCUCGGUUUUAAGGCUGGUGAUGUCAUUGAAGUAGUGGAUGCCACCAACAAGGAGUGGUGGUGGGGUCGUAUCAUAGACAAUGAGGGAUGGUUUCCGGCCUGCUUUGUUCGGUUGCGUGUGAAUCAGGAUGAGCCUACAGAUGACUUUAAAGCCCACCUGGAGAUGGAUGGCUCCACUGGAAGCAAAGAUAGGCUAACUCUUGGAUUGUUCUUGGGACCAGGGUUGCCCAGCAAGGAACAGAUGAGAGCAAAUGUCAUUAAUGAGAUAAUUAGCACGGAGAGAGAUUACAUCCAGCACCUAAAAGACAUCUGCGAGGGUUAUAUCAAACAGUGCCGUAAGAGGACAGAUAUGUUCAACGAGGAGCAACUUCAUACCAUCUUUGGUAAUGUUGAAGAGAUCUACAAGUUCCAGAGAAAAUUCCUAAAAAACCUUGAGAAGAAAUACAACAAGGAGCAACCACACCUCAGUGAGAUUGGCUGCUGCUUCCUUGAACAUCAAAUACAUUUUCAGAUCUAUUCCGAGUACUGCAACAACCAUCCCAACGCCUGUAUCCAGCUCUCCCUGCUUAUGAAGAUCAGCAAGUUUGUGUUCUUCUUUGAGGCCUGUAGACUCCUCCAGAAGAUGAUCGACAUUUCUCUGGAUGGAUUCCUGCUCACGCCGGUUCAGAAGAUCUGCAAGUAUCCAUUGCAGCUAGCCGAGCUGCUCAAAUAUACCAACCCACAGCACAGAGAAUAUAAAGACGUGGAAGCGGCCCUAAACGCAAUGAAGAAUGUGGCCAGGCUCAUUAAUGAACGGAAACGGCGCCUUGAGAAUAUUGAAAAGAUCGCACGAUGGCAAAGUUCCAUAGAGGGUUGGGAGGGUGCAGAUAUAUUAAGCAGGAGCUCUGAUCUCAUCUUCUCAGGAGAGUUGACCAAACUCUCUUUACCACAUGCCAGGAGUCAACAGAGAAUGUUUUUCCUCUUUGACCAUCAGCUCGUGUAUUGCAAAAAGGAUCUCUUGCGCCGCGACAUGCUAUAUUAUAAAGGUCGACUGGACAUGGACCACAUGGAGAUUGUUGAUGUUGAGGAUGGCAAGGAGAACCACUUUAACAUCAGUGUGAAAAAUACGCUGAAGCUGCGAUCCCUUAUUGGUGGUGAGGUACACCUCCUAUGUGCCAAGAAGCCUGAACAGAAACAGCGAUGGCUUCGAGCAUUUGGUGAAGAGAGACGGCGGGUCCAGUCUGACCGGGAGACAGGGUUUACACUCACUGAAGACCAGAAAAAACAGGCUAUUCUAAAUGCCUGUAAAACCUGUUUGUCUGGAAAACCCAAAGUGAUGAGCAGACCGUAUUACGACCUACUGAGACAGAAACAUCCGUCCCUCCCCACGGCCUUAUCGCAACAGCACGUCUUCAUGCUGGAAGAACCCAAACGCAAAGCCUCGACCUUCUGGCACAAUAUCAGCAGACUUACACCCUUUAAAAAAUAACACAUAGAAGUAAAGCAGAAAACCCCUCAGAAGGGAACAGGUUGGUUCUUUGGUUUGUAGAAAAUGUGUACAGGUAUAGUUUAAAAGAAUUGGAAAAACUUUAUUUGGUAACAUCCAAACGUGGCGAUAACCUAAUGGAGAUACUUUACUUUGUUACUAAUUGCUGUUACAAGAGGUUGGAAAAUGGAACUCCUAACUGUGCUGCUCCUUGCUACUUAUCGACAAACCUGUGUGAUGAUAUGGUUUUGAUCAAUGCCAACUGUUCACAGUGCCAGAUGAUUUUGUUUGACAUUUUCUUCGACAGUAUUUUAAGUUAUAACAAAGAGGACUUUAUGGAACUGUUUUUAAUGCUUUUGGAUUUUUUCUCUUUCCUUUGUAAAACCAAAACCAUACAAAUAUUUCAGUUUUUUUCCUCCUUCACCAAAGAGAUUAUUGUAGUCUGAUGGAUCCAGUUUUCUUUUUAAAACAGCAGUCCCCCCUCUCCUGUGAUCUUGAAAGAUCAGCACGUGUACAGAGUAGUAGACAUGCAAUUUAAAAUGUGCUGUUUUUUUCCUCAGCAUUUUCUCUUGCAACUUCCAAGCAAUUUGUCUCACUGCUAAUAACAUAAAAUAUCAUGGGAAGUAUACGCAGUUGUGCGAUAGAAUUUUGUUCAUUUCAGUCGCCGUAUUUUGUGGUCGCUAUCCACUCGUAACCUUCCAAUUGCUACCAACAUUUGCUGGCUAUCCAUACAUGUAGUACAUUUUUGUACACCAUGCAGUAUAUUGUGAAAUGACUCAAGGCUCAGAAUAAAAUAACUAAAAUUACGAUACACAAUUCCUGAAGUCUGACUGAGUCCCUCUUAUGUCGACAAUGUCAAUGAGAGAAAUGAAAAAUCCUUCAUUAUACUGCAUUGUAUUGUUCUACAGUCUGCUCAUUGUGUCUGAUCUAUUAUCAUUUGCACAAUCUAUUUGUUUUAAUUAGUCUGAGAACGACUUGUGCUCCAGGCACUUUCACAUGACUCAUUUUCACAAAUCCAAUCGAGCUUGGCACUCAAUACAAAAAAACUGACAGCUUCCAAAUUUUUGGGGAUGCGUUGAUAAUACUGGAGUGUUUAAAGAUUUUGUGACACUCCACAUUUAAAGUUUGGCGCCAAACCUUGUUACAAAGAAAAUCAAAUAUAUGCCUACAAUAAUUAUCACAAUCAUUUAUUA